CAGCUGUGUGUGCUGGACUGGAGGUGCGGCGGCUUCGACCACCCCGGGCCGCAGUGUUUGAACCGGCCCGUUCGCGGGGUUCGGUGAGCUGCGGGACUGUUUGUACCAUCGCCCGGUGGGGAAUCGCCUCAGCGCAGAGGGAGAAGAGGGAGAGACUGCAACCCUAAGAUUUUUUGCCUCCACCACAGUGAGGAGGUGUUUGGAGGACUCACUGUGGUGGAUGUUAAUUUGUGUUUAUUGUUGUUCAUUAUUGUAUCAUUGUAUGUAUGACUGCAGGCACGAAAUUUCGUUCAGACCGUAAGGUCUGAAUGACAAUAAAGGAAAUUCAAUUCAAUUCAACAAGAUGGCAUCUGAAACAUUGCGCCUCAUGUGUACUGGCUCAGUGUGGUGUUCUAUCUUCCACUCUUGUACAUAGAAUGCUUGUGCCUAAAGUGUAGUAGAAUCAUCACUGAACUAUAUGAAAAAUCAUAAUUUCACUGUCCUUGUGUACAAGUGACAAUAAAAUACCAUUGAAACGAUCAAAGGUGCCAUUUGGGUCAUCUACAGCUAUUUGGACUGUGAUUUAAUUUCUAACCCAGAGAGUUAAAGGAACCACGUUAAUCACUAUGGCACCUGUUUAUUUUUGUCAUCUGGAUCUUCCCAACAACCCAUCCUUUAAUUUUGACAACAUCAAAGAUGAAAUUGCUAUCAAGGAUAAAAAUGUCCUAUUGUCAAAUAGACAUCCUUUGUCUUCCAUGUUUUUGGAAUUCUGAGCAUCUACAGUAACUGUUUUGUAACAGAGACUUCUCAGCUCACUGAGCUGCCCCUUGACCUGACUGCCCUUUCAAAAUCAUGUGUAUCCUUGCUGUACUCUUUGUUACUGCUACAUUGAAAAUGUUCAAUGUAAUUUGGGUUCCUUUGAUAUGCAAUCCUGUCUCCAUUGCACAUUCUCUGGCCCUGUGACAUUUUACAGUGUGUACCACCUACAAAAUGAACAACCCAUCAAGUCAUCUUUCAAACAUCCAUCAAACUUGUAACUUCUACCACAUAGAAAGACAAGGGCAUGGAAACAAUACCAAGUGCAACUUGCUCUCUAAGUUGUGCAUCAUUCUAAACCAGAAAUACAUUGUUGUUUCUUCAGCAUGCAUUAUUUCUUUUCGCUAUUGUCUACUUCAGGUUUAGGUAUUAUUGAUGAAUAUACUGAGGUACAAUGAAAAGCUUUGUUUUGACAAUAUCCACUCAAAUCGGAUAAUACUAUGCAUGAAUACAAUCAAGCCAAACAGUACAAUAGGUCUAGCGAAGGGAAAUAUACAGAGUGCGGAAUAUAGUUAUCAGCUUUGCAUCACAAGUUCCAGAGACAAAGUCCAAUGUCUGCAAUGAGGUAGAAGAUGAUCAGAUUGUACCCCAGCUUAUGGAAUAACUGUUCAGAAGUUUGGUAACGGGGGAGAAGAAGCUGUUCGUGAGUCUGGUGGUGCAUACUUUCAAGCAUCUGUAUCUUCUGAAUGAAGAAGGUAUGGCUUGAGUGCGAAAGCUCUUUGAUUAUGUUUCCUGAAGUGUAGGUAGAGUCAAUGGUGAGGUGUCUGCUGUGUGUGAUAGACUGGGCUGCAUCCACAACACUCUGCAGCUCCCUUUUGUCUUUGACACAUUAUUUCUGGAACACCCUAAACAACCACGUUGUGUACAUAAUUACCCAUCCACUUUGUGGGAGUAUCAUCAGCAGAAAUACUCCCUACCUUUCCACACAGUGGAAGUAUCUUCACCUGUUCAAGGAAGCAACUGGGCUUCUUCUACUUGGGAUACUUUGAGCUAAUACAGAAACAGGGAAGUUGUGAAUCAUUUAAUCAGUAGAGCUCAACUCAACAACUCCCUGAAGUAUGCAUCCAUUUAAUUUACAAGGAGGGUUUUCUUUUAGCUGUGGUGGAAUAGUACGACGUGACAUUGGUUUGUAAUUUUUUUUUCACCUUUUGACAAAAGGUAGGCUUUAUUCUUUAUUAUUUUAAUGCAAAGUGCUUACUGAUCAUGUGUCUGAAUCCUUGGAUUUCUCUCACUACAUUGGCAGCUAUUUUGGAUCCUUCCCCCACAAUCCCUUCCCAACUUAAAGUCAGAGAGUCAUACAACAUGGAAACAGGACCUUCAGCCCAACUUGCCCACCCCAACCAAGGUGCCCCAUCUAUGCUAGUCCUACCUGCCUGCAUUUGGUUGAUAUCCUUGUAAACAUUUCCUAUCCAUGUACCUGUCCAAAUGUUAUUUAAAUGUUGUUAUAGUACCCGCACCAACUAUCGACCCUAGCAGAUCGACACAAAAAGCUGGAGUAACUCAGCGGGACAGGCAGCAUCUCUGGAGAGAAAGAACGGGUUGAGACCCUUCUUCAGAGCUUCUCUGACAGCUCGUUCAAUGUACCCACCAUCCUCUGUGUGGGGGGGAAAAAGUUGCCCUCCGGUUCCUAUUAAAUCUUUUCCCUCUGAAGCGUAUGUUUAAAACUUUGUCCUUGGGUGACCGGUGCAACUGCUAACCUAUUUCAUUUCCUACAUCCGCUGGCCUUAACAUCAUUCCUGCUAGAUUUGUUGCUAUAAGACACUGCAUUUAUUGAAACAAGCUGGGGCUUACUUCAUUUCCAUUCUCAGGGUUUAGAGUCAUAGAGUGAUACAGCGUGGAAACAGGCCCUUGGGGCGAAGUUGCCCACACUGGCCAACAUGUCGCAGCUACACUAGUCCCACCUGAUAUACUAAUAUGACAAGCAAUUUGAUUAUUGUCAAAUAUUGAUCAAAAAAAUUUAAAAAAACAUAGGCACCUCUGAAUCUUCCCAACAUUUAUUGACAAACUAAACAUGAGAUGCAAACUUUUUUCACUUUCUGUUGAAUGAGUUUUAAUUCAGAUUUGCAAAUUUUACACUGAUGGUUUGAGGGCAUGAUAUGAGAUUUAACUAAGGAGGUCUUGUACCUGCAUUUAAUGCCAUAUGAAGGUUAAAAUCUGACAGUCUGCAAAGAUUAUAAACAUUGUGUUGAAGGUCUCGCGUUGGUAAAAGGAUAGAUUUCCGCUGACAGUAUAGAGCCACGUUUGGUAUGUGUCUGUGAAGCUUUGCUGUCCUUGACUAGAACAUGUUGUGUUGCUUGCUAAGCAAUCUGCUGACCUCCAUAUUGAUUUCCAAUCUAUUCCCAGUGGUGAAAGUUUUUUCAACUCCAGGGCCAGCAGUACCAAACUCAUACCUGUCACGUCAAAAACGUUUUCUUUGUCAGAAUGCAAACAAACAAACUGUAUACAGGAAGAGACCCAUUCGUCAGUUCAGAUUGUUCCAUUUAGUUUAUAUUAGAGAUAAAGAAAUGAAAGAGGCCCUUCAGCCCACAGAGUCUACACUGACCAUCGAUCACCCAUUCGCACUACUUCUGUUAUCAUCCCAUUUUCUCAUCCUCUCCCUGCACACCAAAGGCAAUUUACAGAGACCAAUUAAACUACAAACCCACAUGUCUUUGGAGGAAAAAGAUGACUUCCUAAUAAUUUACUUUGUUAUAAUAACGUAACAAAAUAAGAGUAGGAAAUAGGUUAGGUCCUCCAGCCUACCCUGCCACUGAUUAUGACUGUAAUUGAGGCACCCCUCAUCUCAUCUCUUGGCCCUUAAUGCCAUGACUUUUUCAAAAUACAUCUACUUCCUCAUUAAAGGCUUCUAAUGAUUUUAACUCUACAAUCCUCCAGUGGACAACAUUCCAAACCUUCACCACCCCCUGUGACAAAACAUUCCUAUGCACCUCGGGUUUAAAUGACUGCCUCCUAAUCUCAGUGCUAUGUCCCCCCUUUGACAUUCUGCCUUCAUAUAGAAUGAUCUCAACAUCUAACCCUUUCAUGUCCCUUCAGAAUUUAUCUUUCAAUAAGAUCGUUCCUCAUUAUUCCAAACUCCAAAGAAUGCAUUUCAAAUGUCUUUAGAAUGAUGUGAUUAUUGGACAUUGAUUCUAGGAAUUGGAUUGGUGAACCUUUCUUGGGCUGUCCCCAUUGCCAGUAUGACCUUAUCUAACUUUGUGGCUAUUUCGUCUUUUCAACCUAUUAACCAAAGCAAAUUAGCUGCACAUCAAAUUAUCUUCUAAUAUAUUGGUCCAGUUUCCUCGGAAUUGUCAGGAAUUUUGUGUUUAGCUGCAGCAAUCCCAGGUAAUUGUCAGAAUACUUUAACUGCCCAGGAAACAUCGAAUUCCGAACUUCCCGAGAGAUUCUCAGGGGUAAUUUGCCUAUUGCAUUCCGAUAUUGGCUUCCUGAGACACAAGAACUGUCAUUGUGUGGUUUUUCGGAAGUUACAUAGAGAUUCUGCCCUUUGAAUAUGUUUUUUGCACGUGCCCAGUGCAAGUUCAGCAAGUCCAUGUAUUUGAACGGUUAGGAAUGUGUACAAGGUAAAGAGGCAAAUGACAUGUUUUGAAUUGAUGAAAUUAAUUUAAAUGUAUUCAAUUAAAAAACAAUUGUUGUUGCAUUCUCUGGAGUUUUAAGUGCUUUUAUUUCAAGUUUUUUAAUUUCAGGAAAAUAUUUGAAUAGCGUAACUAAUUACAUAUUAGAGAUGAUACAAAAUGCUGUAGUAACUCAGCAAGUCAGGCAGCAUUUCUGGAGAAAACAGAUAGGGGAUGUUUCGGGUCGGGACCCUUCUUCAAAGUUUAUAAUUGUUAAGUAAAUAUAAAUAAUUAUAAUUUUUAUUAUUAUUACAUCUUAGUUUUGAUUAACUGAAAAUGUCAGAGCACAAACAUUGAAGCAAUUUGACAGCUUUUACGUGGCUGAAUCAGCUAAAGAAGCAUCUCUGUGGGUUUCCCAGUUGAGGCCCCAUGCACCUUUGAUGGGCGCCAGCCUCUCGAUCGAGGGGGUCAUCUCAAGGUAAGAGCAGGUUUACAGGAUAGGCAAGCACCGAGCUUCUCCUGAAAAUUUUCUAGCCUAUGGCAAGCCACAUAAACGUAUGACUGGACACAAAGUACUGGAUCAAUUCAGCAGGUCAUGCAGCACCUCUAGAGAACAUGGGAAGGUGACGUUUUGGAUCAAAUCCCUUCAAGACACAUAUGACUAAACCAGCAAAUAUGAAAUCCCUUUUUUUCUCAGCUAAUUUCACUAAUAGUGCUUCAUUAUUUAUCAUCCAAUUUGACUUUGCCUCUUUCAAUUUCUCAAAUCCCACAUCCGUGCUGUAUUCCCCAUGUUAAGCCAGAUGACGCCACGGUGACAAGAUAUUUUAUUUCUAUUCCCAUUCAAUUCACUCCAAGUUCCUAGAUGGAUUAUUAAAAAGACGCACAUUGUCUGAUGGAGGUUGGCUCAGUUCUUUCAUCCCAUAUCUUGACUUUUUACCAUGUCCAAUCUUUUGUUACUAUUUUAUUGAUAUUACCCUAAUUAGCAUUGUCAUGAUGAUGCUCCUCUGAGUGUUCUUCUUUGUAUCCCAAGGCGUCGGGUACAAACUCGGUGCAUUGUCUGGCUUGCUGAGUCAUUUUGCCUCAGGUCCUCGAAUACAUUGUCAUUCUUCCUUCAUGGUAUCUCAGGAGUUCAAAAGUUGCUCUCAUUUUCUAUUCAUCAUUAAAUUCUUGAUUAGUACGGGUGUCAGAUGUUAAGGGGAGAAGGCAGGAAAAUGGGGUUAGCAGGGAGAGAUAGAUCGGCCAUGAUUGAAUGGUGUAGACUUGAUGGGCCGAAUGGCCUAAUUCUACUCCUAUACCUUAGGACUUGCAUAUUUCCUCAGUAAUCUUAUUUUUAACUGUCUGUAAGCCUAGUUCUCUCUUCUGCUUUGGGCUUCAGCCUUUCCACGAGAGGUUUAUAGUGAAAUUAGAAUGUGCAAGAAGAGUUUAAAUUGUAUGACUUCAGUGUAGCAUAAACAUGGCAAGGUAACUCAAGCAGAAAACGAUCAUUGAGUUGCAUUAUAGGAGAUCAAAAGCUCGGUUUAAAAAAAGGUGUUUUAGGAAUCUCUUAUGGAGCAGAAGGAAAAUGGAGAAAUGCAUAGACCGUGGGAGGGAGUUUCAGAGCUUGGGACCUUGGCAGCUGAAGGCAUGGUUACCUUUGGUGAAGUGACGUACUUUGGACUCCAUAAUUGGAGAAGCACAUAUCUCGGAGGCUAUUAGGACCGGUGGUUUUGGGAGCGGAGAAGACAUUAGAGUUUGCUUGUGACUGUGGAAUAAUAAUGGUAAGGCUGUAUUAUAUGCAGGAGAAUUUUUUUUACAUGAGAUCUGCACUAAACAAUAUGUCGGUUGUAGAAUUCUGCUGAUGGCAGCUUGAUAAGAUAAACAAAGACCGGCUUAAUCCUGAUUUUUGGAUAAGAUGUAGUGUUUUGUAUCAAUGACGCAAACAGUCCUUAAAUGGAGGUGUUGGGUUUGGUGAUUUGGUGAUUGGCUAUCAUAUGUAUACUCCCCUCUUCUUUGGCCAUUUGUUCACCUGUCUAUGUGAUGCAACCAGUUCAAGGUCUUAAGCAUAAAAGUAACAUAGUUGCUUUUCAGUGUUAACCUCAAAGCAACUGGCUGAAAAGGAAUGCGUUAAGAACACGCUGUCCAGGAAAUCAAUACUGAAAUUGACAGAAUACAUCGACUCCCCUAAAAUAUUUGUGCUGGUUUCUUUUUUCUUACUGACCUUGUUUUGACUGAAGAUAUGGAUCGCAUUGAGCUUAGUAAAGUCAACAAUGAGGCUGAUGAUGAGACCAUCAGUGAUGAAAGUAUGGAUGAAGGCUAUACCAAAUUACCAAACGCAGAGAAAUCUACAAUCAGCAGUCAAUUUGCUGAAGAAGACGACGCUGAAAGUCAGAGGUUUUUAACAAGUGAAUAUUUAAGGAAAACAAAAUAUGAAGAAUUUCAGGAAGAAUGUCAUCCGGGGAUGACGUCAUUUGGAAUGUCAGCAUUUAACCUCAGCAAUGCCAUCAUGGGCAGUGGUAUCCUUGGCCUGUCCUACGCUAUGGCCAACACUGGCAUCCUUCUCUUUGUGAUCCUAUUAGUUGCAGUGGCAAUUUUAUCCCUGUAUUCUGUUCACCUCUUACUAAAGACUGCAAAAGAAGGAGGCUCUUUGAUUUACGAGAAAUUAGGAGAGCGAGCAUUUGGGUGGCCUGGGAAAAUUACAGCUUUCGGCUGUAUUACAUUGCAAAAUAUUGGAGCCAUGUCAAGUUAUCUAUUCAUUGUGAAAUAUGAACUACCGGAAGUUAUUCGUUCAUUUAUGGGAAUUGAAGAGGUCAGUGGACUCUGGUAUACAAAUGGCAAUUACCUUGUUGUCAUUGUUUCACUGUGCAUCAUCCUGCCCCUGACAUUUUUGAAAAAUCUAGGGUACCUUGGAUACACGAGUGGAUUUUCUCUUUCUUGUAUGGUCUUCUUUGUUGGAGUUGUAAUAUACAAGAAAUCUGAGAUCCCCUGCCCAUUGCCCGGAUACUACUCAGGAAAUCUGACCUCGCUGGAAAAUACUACAGGGCAUAUGGGAGCAAUGCAUCCAAUGGCGCUCAACAGAUCCACCAACGAAGGUGUAGACUUCAAGAUGCCCUUAGUCAAUGGACACACCAAAGUUGAUUCUCACACCUACACUAAUGGCUUCAGUCAUGAUGCUCAUGAUGUAGAUGACAUGUGCAAACCAAAAUACUUUAUAUUCAACUCACAGACUGCCUACACCAUUCCCAUCUUGGCCUUUGCGUUUGUGUGUCACCCUGAAGUGCUCCCAAUCUACAGUGAGCUUAAAGAUCGAUCGCAAAAGAAAAUGCAAUAUGUCUCCAAUGUGUCGAUUACUGCAAUGCUCAUCAUGUACCUACUGGCCGCUUUAUUUGGCUACCUGACCUUUCUUGGACAAGUUGAGACGGAAUUGCUGCAUACCUACACUAGAGUCUACCAAUUUGAUACCCUGAUUUUGUGUGUUCGCGUGGCUGUGUUGGUAGCUGUCACACUGACUGUCCCCAUCGUGCUAUUCCCGAUCCGAGCAUCAAUCCAGGAAAUAAUGUUUCCAAGGAGGUCAUUCAACUGGAUACGGCAUAUUGGAAUUGCAGCGAUCCUGCUGGUUUUAAACAACCUUCUAGUGAUAUUCGUUCCAAACAUUAGAGAUAUUUUUGGCUUCAUUGGGGCAUCUGCAGCUACAAUGCUGAUCUUCAUUCUUCCCUCGGCGUGUUAUAUCAGGCUUGUAAAGAAAGAAUCAAUGAGGUCCAUGCAGAAGAUUGGGGCUACAAUUUUUCUCGUGAUUGGCAUCAUUUUUAUGGUUGGAAGCUUGACCCUUAUUGUCAGUGAUUGGAUUCACAACCCCCCAGGUUCCGGUGGCCAUUAACCUUCUGCUUGAUGUUGCUAAAUGGAGCCAUCAGCUAUGCAUCCUGUGAAUAACCGUGGACACAGAGACUGUGCAAAGUGGAUGCUAUUCCUCAUUUUACUUCAAAAGGCAAGAUUCCAGGACUUGAGCAUACCUCAUGUGAAGGCUCGGCGCCAACUGUAGAUAAAAGAAGGCUUGUCCUUACAAGGGAUUGUAUCAGUUCUUCUUAAGUUAACUUUAGAUUUCAGAGGGAAACCGAUUAAGGAUGGAUAACAUUUGCAGUGAAUGGAUACAGGGCAGCACCAUGAACACGGACGGCACAGUGGCACAACUGUUAGAGCUGCUGCCUCACAGCGCCAGAGACCCGGGUUCGAUACUGACCUCGGGUACUAUCUGUGUAGAGUUUGCAUGUUCUGUUCUCCCUGUUGUUUUCCUCUUGCGUGCUCCGGUUUCCUACCACAUCCCAAAGACGUGCAGGUUUGUAGAUUAAUUGACCUCUGUAAAUUGCCCCCACGUGGAUGUGAAAGUGGGAUAACAUAGAACAAGUGUGAAUGAGUGAUCGAUGGUCUGCGUGGUUUUGGUGGGUCGAAAUAGGACCUGUUUCCAUGCAGUAUCUUUCAAUCGACUCAAAAUUGUAUCACAAGUAUAAUUGCUUUUUGUAAUUAACAUGUAAUAUGUGUCUGCUGCUAGAUUACAGGAAAACUGUUAUCUUUGAUGUUAUGAUAGCUUGCAUAUAGUUUUUAAAGUUAAAACCUGGAUUUUCAAACAUAUAGGUCAAGGGAGUUGGCUGAUGAAUUUGCCUCUCUUUUAAAGUAAAGGGUGGCACAGUGGUAAAGCUGCUGCCUCUAAGCACCAUAGACCCAGGUUCAAUCCUGAUCUUGGGUGUUGUCCGUGUGGAGUUUGCAUGUUCGGGUUUGUAGGUUAAUUGGCCUCUGUGAAUUGCCCGUAGUGUAUAGUGGGAUAAACAGUGUGAACAGGUGAUCAAUGUGUGACGUGAACUCGGUGUGCCGACAGGUUUGUUUCUAUGCUGUAUCUCUAAACUAAACUACAAGGAAUGUAGUUUAGCUUGUCUGAUCUACUCAUCGAAUGAGAAGAUUGCCACAACCCCUCACCCCACCCCCUACAAAUCUCACCUACUCCUUUUAGAGCUCUUUUGCUUUUCAGUUAAAAGAUUACCUUUAGAAAUAAUGCAUCACCAGAGAUGUUUUGUACAUCAGUAAACAAGGACCAGAUCCUGUAUCCCAUCACUGCUAACACGGUCAACCUUUGUUGUCUCCCCAAUUCUAUGCUAUGGUUCUGGCCAAGUUUUUUUUGUUCCUCU